AUGGAAGAGGAGAACAUGUUUCCUAUGUGUGAUGAAUUUGGAGAGAAACUUCAUAACUAUCGUGAACAUGAGACAGCCUUCAGUCACAAAUCAGAACCUGAGAAAACUCAUACUUUACAGAAACGUUAUGAUUGUAAUGAAGGUGAGAAGGCCUUCAGCCUGAGGACAGAUGUGUCUGAACAUCAGACAAUUUGUACCGGUCAAAAGUCUGAUGAAUGUACUAAGUAUGAAAAGGUCUUCUGGCUUAGAGCUGAGCUUGUCCACCAUCAGAGAAAUCAUCCUAGGGAGAAAUCUUAUGAAUGCAUUUGGCAUGGGGGCGUGACUCCUCAGAAGCUCCGCCCAGAUGGCGGCAAGCCACCAGUGUUCUGCGGAGCAUGUGCGUUGGCGCACUACAUUUCCCAGAAACCUUUUCUCUUCUCGGCGUGGUUACCGGGGAAACGGGCAGGCACUUCGCAAGAGGGGCGGAUGAAAGAGCUCGUAGAUGAACGUCACUUCCUCUCAGUCUCAUUUGCCCCGCCCCCACCCCCUCCUCCUGCCAGCCCCGCGUUCAACCCCGUCAGGACCUGUUGGUUGCAGCCUCCUCACCUCAGCUCUGUCUCCCCCGCCGCUGCCCCAGGGCCCGAGACCGGAAUCCCCGAGUCCCCGGGCCGGACUCUGCUUUCCUCAAGAACAGGCAACUUGGAAGAGAAGAGAAUGGCCCCAGUCCUCCAAGCGGUCAGGGCCUACCAGAAAUCAGUGACCUUCAGGGAUGUGGCUGUGCACUUCACCCUGGAGGAAUGGGGCCACCUGGACCUUUCCCAGAAGGAGCUGUACCGGGAGGUGAUGCUCGAGAAUUAUAGGAACCUGGCCUGCCUGGGAUUAGCGGUUUCCAAAUCUGAUGUGAUCUUCCAGUUGGAGCGACCAGGGGCCCCUUGGAGGCCUGAGGGAGAUUCUCCAAGAACUGGCCAUACAGACUGGGAGACUCACCAUGAAUCCAAGGAGUUAACUCAAAAUCUGGGCACUUCAACAGAAGAAUCAUCUGAGGAAAGAAUUAAUAUUAGUAUUCCUUCUGUCUCAGAGUUUCAAGAAGCCUGGGAGUUUGAUGCCAGUUUGACAAAGAAGCAGAACAAUGAGGAGAAGCAUUCUUGGCAAGAAGAAAACAUUCCAAAGGAAUUUCUCAGUAAAUGGAGUGGCCACAAAUAUAAUAAAUAUGGCAGAAACAUCAGUCUAGGGCCAAUCCUUUGUCCACAACAUACAAUAAGAAAGAGUUUUGAUAAAUAUGAUAGGUACAGAAAGAGCAUCAAACAGUAUUCAGAUGUAAAAAUAUACGAUAAAAUAUGCUCAAAGAAGAUAUGUGCAAAGGAUAAAGAAUGUCAAGAAAAAUGUGAAACUAAUUAUUGUGGCAAGACUUUCAGACAUGUAUCAGAACAUAGGCUACAUCACACAAACCAUACUGAAGACAAAGAGUAUAAAUAUAAUGAAUGUGGGAAAGCUUUCUGCCCAAGAACACACCUUACUGAACAUCAGAUAAGUCAUUCUACUCAGAAACCCUAUGAAUGUAAUGAAUGUGAGAAGACCUUUAGCCAGAAGGUGGGACUUAACCAACAUCAGACAGUUCAUACUGGUGAGAAACCAUAUGAAUGUAAUGAGUGUGAUAAAGCCUUCCGUCUUAGAGCACAGCUUACUCAACAUCAGAGAAUUCAUACUGGUGAGAAACCUUUUGAAUGUGACCAGUGCAGGAAGGCCUUCAGUCACAGCCGAGAACUUAAACGACAUCAUAGGAUUCAUACUGGAGAGAAACCUUAUCAAUGUGAUGAAUGUGGGAGGGCCUUCUGCCUGAGCACACAUGUCACAAAACAUAAGAGAAUUCAUACUGGACAGAAACCUUUUGAAUGUAACGAAUGUGGGAAGGCCUUUCGCUUGAGUACACAAAUCGCUAAACAUGAGAGACUCCAUUCUGGUGAGAAAUCUUAUAAAUGUAAUGAAUGUGGAAAGGCUUUCAUUCGCAGAGCAGAACUUAAACAACAUAAUAGGAUUCAUAGUGGGGAGAAACCAUAUGAAUGUAAUGACUGUGGGAAAGCCUUCUACUCAAGUACAAACCUAACUCAACACAAGAGAAUUCACACUGGUGAGAAGCCUUAUGAAUGUAAUGAGUGUGGGUUGACAUUCCGGUAUAGUGCAGGCCUUACUCAGCACAAAAGAGUUCAUACUGGUGAGAAACCUUAUAAAUGUAAUGUGUGUGGGAAGGCCUUUAGUCAUAGACCGCUACUGAAACAACAUAAUAGAAUUCACACUGGAGAGAAACCUUAUGAGUGUAAUGAGUGUGGGAAGGCCUUCAGCCAGAGGAUAGGACUUAUUCAGCAUCAGACAAUUCAUACUGGUGAGAAACCUUAUGAAUGUAAUGAAUGUGGAAAAGCUUUUAGUCAGAAGAUAGGACUUAUUCAACAUCAGAGAAUUCAUACUGGUGAGAAACCUUAUGAAUGUAAUGAAUGUGAGAAAGCCUUCCGCCUAAGAGCACAGCUUACUCAACAUCAAAGAACUCAUACUGGUGAGAAACCUUUUGCAUGUGAUAAAUGUAGUAAAGCCUUCAGCCAUAGCCGAGAACUUAAACGACAUCAUAGGAUUCAUACUGGAGAGAAACCUUAUGAAUGUAAUGAAUGUGGGAAGGCCUUUCCUGUGAGGGCUCAACUUACUCAACAUAUGAAUAUUCAUACUGGAGAGAAACCCUAUGAAUGUAAUAAAUGUGGGAAGAGCUUCAGUCAAAGGAUAGGUCUUACUCAACAUCAGACAAUUCAUACAGGUGAGAAACCUUAUGAAUGUAAUGAAUGUGGGAAAGCCUUCCGCCUGAAAGUACAACUUACUGAACAUAAGAAUAUUCAUUCUGGAGAGAAACCUUAUGAAUGUAAUGAAUGUGGGAAGGCCUUCUAUUACAGUACAAACCUUACUCGGCAUAAGAAAAUCCAUACGGGUGAGAAACCUUAUGAAUGUAAUGAAUGUGGGAAGGCCUUUAGCCAGAGGGCUGCACUUACUCACCAUCAGACAAUUCAUACUGGAGAGAAACCUUAUGGAUGUAAUGAGUGUGGGAAAGCCUUCCGCCUGAGAGCACAACUUACUCAACAUAAAAAAGUUCAUACUGGUAAGAAGCUUUAUGAAUGCAAUGACUGGGAUGCUAUUCCACAUGAAAGCAGAGAUUACCCAACGUCAAACAAUUCAUCCUGGACUGAAACGUUAUGAAUGUAAUGAAUGAAGACUUUCUUCCAGAGUAAAAUUCUUCUCAAUUUAUACUAAAACAAAACAAGAACAACCAAACUGUACAUAAUGCAUAUGAAAGAGCCUUCUGCCAGAACACAGAUCUUAUCAAAUAGAUAAUUCAUAUUGAAGAAAAGGUUUAAGAAUAUAACAAUCUUGUGAUAGAUUUCAGUAUUAUGAUGAAUUACUGAUAAUUAGGUGAGUGAAACUAAAAGAAAAUGUCCUAAAUGAUGCAAGUCGCUCUCUACUUUUCUUGCAGUCCUAUUCAUACGUUUUUCUCCCAUAGUCCCCAAAAGUUUCCUCCCACAACCUCCAAACUUCCCAAGAUUUACAUUUACUGAGGAAAUUAAGUCAGUAUAAGAAGUAUUUGCUCCCUCCAACUCCACUCAUCGAAAACUCUAAGAAUUCCCAACUGUUUUUUUUAUCCUUGCAAUCUGAGAGGUAAAGAUUUCCUUCUUUGCUAAGGGUAAUGCCUUUUCCUCUAAUCUUGUUCAAGAUCUUGUUCCUUUGUACUCUAGGACACUAGUCCAACAAUCAUCUCCCCUUAUGCAUUUAGAAUCUCUUUCCUCAGUUGGUUCUUUCCCAACUAUUAACAAUUAACGCUUGCCUAUGCUAUACUAGCCAUGUUGUUAAGUGCUGGGAUAUUAAAGUGAU